AGCUCACUGACGUGUUGCUACACAGCUGAUAAGGGAAACAAUAAACCGACUUCAAAAAAUAAACCAGUUCAGUUUCAGUCGAAGCCAGAAGCAGCAUCUGGUCUCUUUUCUCUCCCAGCAUCAAGGAGGUGUGUGCAACAAUGCUGAAGAUAUUUCCAAUUCUAGCCAUCCUUGCAGGCCACACCAGUGGGGUCGUGGUGACCGUCCCUGAGAAGACAGUGAAUGUCACCACAGGUGGAAAUGCAACCCUCCUCUGCACAUACAGCAGUAAUGGACCCCUGGAAAAUUUCUUUAUUCAGUGGAGUUUUUACAGUGCCAAAGAGAGCCAGCUGCAUACCCAUUACCCGUGCCAUGGUAUUCUGAGUAUGGAUGAAAAGUCAGUCAGUCUUUGUCAAAAGACGGUGUAUGUGACAGAUGCACGGGGAAGAUGUAGCUGGAGAUACAAGAUCUAUUAUUAUUCAGGAGGCCAGUCUUACUCCUAUGGCGCAUUUAAGAACAGGGUAACAGCUUCAACAAGUCCAGGGAAUGCAUCAAUAACAAUCUCCAACAUGCAGCCCUCAGACACUGGUUCCUACACCUGUGAGGUUUUCAGCCCUCAAGGUGAUGCUGGACAGAGUCAAAAAUCUAUGAUUGUCAAUGUGCUGGUCAAACCAUCAAAACCUUUCUGCAAAGUAGAAGGAACUCCUGAAAAAGGCCAUCUGAUCUACCUCCUAUGCAACUGUGAAGAGGGAUUGCCUCGCCCCACCUACCGCUGGUACAAAGUUGAUGGGAACACCCUCAAGCCUGUGACAGAACAACUCGAUCCAAACACUGGCAUCCUUUACAUUGGCAACCUCACCACCUUUGAAACUGGCUACUAUCGGUGCAUAGCCAGCAACCUCCUGGGGAACAGCACCUGUGAGCUUGACCUAACAGCAAAAUAUUCAGAUGGUGGUAUUGUUGCUGGAGCACUGAUUGGGGCAAUUCUGGCAGCUGCUAUAAUCUGCAUUAUCGUCUGGGUCUUAACCAAGAAGGCAAAAAAUAGGAAGUCACCAAAUAAUGAGAUGCAAGAAAUGGUUCAGAAACAAUCCAAUGCAGACUAUGUUCAGGUACCCAAUGAAGAAAACAUUCCUGUGACCACAGUUCCAUCGAGCAAUGCAACAAAUGAAUACCCAAGUGUUGAUGAAACAGCAGCUCCUGCAACACCUGAAAAUGAUGAGAAACAAGAAGCAGAAAAAGAAGAAAUAGCCUAGAAUUUAUAAUAGAGUUUUCUUUGUCACCUUUGGACCCCUUAUACAAAAAUUGUUGUCAUUGAAUUAACAUAGAAGCAUGACUAAAACUUGCAUUCAAGGCAUUUUUAUUGUGACCCCCUGGGGUGAAUCAAGAAGGGUCUGUUACACAGGCACUUUGUUAAGAGCAGAAGAUUUAGCCUUUAAAGUGAACCAAAUUUCUUUUAUUAUCUAGUUUUAUACUGUACAAAAAUUUAAGUAUAAGAAGAGUAUCAUUUACAUCAACCUGUUUUGCAAAACUAAUUAGGAAAUGGGCUGAAGCAUUUAUCAAAGUAAGAGCUUUCCAGUCAACUACCAGUAAUGCUGUGUGUCCACACAGUUCAGAACCACAGCAGCCUUGUCCAGAAACAGUGUUAGCCAACCUGCUUUGUGUGCACCCAGAAGAGUAAUCAUGGCCAAUACAUUGCAGUGUUUCAAGGAACUGAUUUUGCACAUCAGAAGUAAAAAGAAGUUACAUUAAUGCCAUCAGAAUGCUGAAACGGCUGUUGACAUCUUAACAGAUGUUAAGACCUGAGUCAAGGAAAUCUUGUGUGUCUGAAUUCUACCUAAGCUAAAAAAGAAAAUCCUGGAAAAUUUUACCCUGUUGCUCCCUGACAUGGAAAACAUUCUGUUAACAGUGACCUUCUUGGCUUAGAGCUCCCAAGGGCACCAGCAUUCCAGAGUUGUCUGUUUCAGCAAUUCUGGUUUUCAGUUUAAUGGAACUGGCAUUUGGGUACCCAGUUCAGACACAAAUAACUGUUUUACACAACAGGAGCUGGAGAUUUAAAUCCUUUGCAAGGCUUGUUCCAAUAGGUAUGCAGAGCAUCACAUUCCUCAUGACACACAGAUAUAGCUGCUUUCAAAACUUAGCAGCGAUACUGCUUUCUAUGCAGCACAUCAGUUUUGAUUCCUUCCUCUGUCUGAGAUGAUUUAAAUCUCUUUCCAGGCUUGUCCUACCCACUAAGCAACAAACUCACGCUACUUUUCUUCUGGUCUCUUAUCCCAGUGUAACAAUCUAUCUUCUAGAGAGGAAAGCAUCAAGAGGGAAGGUAAGUGGUGCAAAGCAAACUGACAGCAGUAGAGCAGAGAGCACCCCUUGGAAGAAGGAAAGGGAAUUGAACCACACACACCUGGGUAACUAGACAACCCUUCUCCCUGGGCCUCAUUUCUAAGGUUAUACAAAGUCAGUUUUUCAUAAAGGCAAAGAUAAUACUUUCAGAAAAGCUCAAGGACCAUGGGGCUUAGACAAAUAAAGACCCACACCCUUGCUGAUAACAGGUAGACACUGGUUUCAGUCUCAUGCACUGCAGGAAAACAUAUCUGGCUCAGGGAUCUCAAGUUUUAUGGCACUUAAGUCUUUCAUAGGAUCUAAUAUUCAUAAAUCCUUUAGUGACUGUUCCUAGACUAUACACAUUAGUUAUAUGCAACAUUUAUCUUUAAGAUUUCUGGGCAAAAAUUUUCGGCUUCAGCUUCUACAACUCUAAGUAUGUUUAUCAAAAUACUGAGUUGAAAAAAACAAAGAUAAAAGGAAAAAAAAUGUAUGUCAAUAUUUAAAGAUAUAAGGCAUGAGACCCUAGUUAUUAUUUAUUUUGGAUCUUCAAGCAUAACUAUAUUCAUUGCUCUUUCCUCAGUUUUCUGAUGUCCAAAUAUUUUUCCUUGAUAGGUGUGUCCCAUCAAAGUGUUUAGCUUCAUUCCAAAGUAAAAGAGCAUUAAUGGUAUUCUUCUAACACUAUUUUAGCCAAAAACUGUGAGGGUUUUGCUUGUUAAUACCAAUUGCUAAUACCUUGCUAAUACCUUGCUAAUACCAAUACUGCCAUGUUAUAGCAAUGGAUCCUCAGACUCCUCUCCCCAAAAUAUCCAGGGUAAAUCUCAAACUGGGAUCCACACAGAAGUCUCCUUAAUCAGGCAGCUCUUACUGACUGUGCCAGGCCAAAUUCCUAACUCACAUCCUGCUAUCCACGUUAAGCAGCUUACUGAAAAUAUCUGAUAUUGACAGCCAAUUUGUGUAGACCUGCAGGAUGAUGACGUUAAGCACUAUCAGAAACAGCAAAGGAACACUCAGUACUACCUGCUGUUCUUUGGGUACUAUGUCUUUCUGAAGGUGUUUCCUGACAAUAUAAUUCAAAUCAAUUAUUGGUCCAAAGGCUUGGCUGACAGCAGCAAUAAUUUUAAAUAAUUUAUCUGACAUUCCUAAGCAUUCUUUUACUCUUGCCCUUCACAGGAAAAGAUUAAUGUUUUCAUGUAACUGCUGUUGCUGUAUUAGUUCUAAUGCCAUUUUCUGUAUGUAUGUGAUCUUAUCACAUUGUUCUUACUGCUACACCUUUCCAGCUUCCACAUCUCUGCAACAGCACUAUUGUGAUUGAAGAGGGGACUCUAUUACGUGGUCAUAUUUCUUUUAAUCUUUCCUUCAUCUCACUUCCCACAUUUAUCUGUUAGUAUUCCUUACCUAACUUGCUACAGUACGAUAGGAGCAUAUGCUGGUGAAGUUGUCACUAACUUCUAUAGAUAGUACAGUCUUCCUCAAACAGCACAGGUUUUAUAUUUGUUCAAAAAGUAGAAAUUGCUCAUGUUUAAGUUUUUAUAUAAAAGAAAGGAACAAUUGACCAUAUUCUUGCUAAUGAUUCUUCUCAUACUUCUAACCACCAGUGAGCAUAGAUGGUAGUAAAAAGGCAAAAUAAGAAGCGAAACAGGCUGCUGAGAGUAAGGAGAUAAGGAAAAUAACAUGUGUUUGGAGUUUCUUACCAUAGUGUGGUGCUUUCUGUAAGCCUUCUGGCAGAUGUUUGUUCUCAUUUUGGUGUUUAUCUACAGUUUAUUAAGAAGGAUGGGGCACCAUUCCCAGCUUCCCACUGAUACCCUUGGCAAAGCACAAGUCCAAUUAGGUACUGAUCCACGGUGUGUAGCUCUAAAGCCAUACAGAGCUAUGCAGGAUGCAUAAACAUUUUUCAGACUUAGCUUUAGAUGUUCCAACACUCUGUGCUGCAUGGCCCAUCUAUCUUCCCAUAGGGAUUAGGGAUCAUUAAUAUGGACACCAGAAAUUAAGCCAACAUUCAAGCCACCAUCUCCUAAGGAAGCAGAUUUACAAAGCUACAGAGCAGGGUUUUUUGCCAUACAAAGAUCAAGAAUGAACACAGAACUCUUAGCUUCAGCUGCUCUCCAAUCAAAUUUUCAGCCAUGCCUGUGCAAUAUACAAGAAACAUUUACUCAGUUGCGUUCCUCCUUCAAUCAAGGUCUGCAUGGCCAGAGUUUACUGUACAGGCAAGUUAUCCCCCCUGUUCUUAAUGAGUCCCCUCAGUGAAAUUUAACCUGCAUUUUGUGUUCCAAGAUACAUUUAAAGUCCUUGGUGAAGGUAUUUGUUUGGUUCUAAGUUUCUGUCUUGCUUACCAAAAUAAAUUGCAUUACCUUAAUCCCUACAAACUGUAGAAACUGCCAGCUUGCAUUUCACCACAUCCUUGAGGCUAAAGAUCAAAUAUGUUGCAUUUCCAUACUGUGUAACGGAGGCAAGGUUUCUCCUUAUUGUUCACAUCCCAAACAUACAAGCUAUUUAGAAAAUACUGGUUUUCUUAUAUGUAAGUUUAAUAAAGUUUUAUAAUACCAAAGACUGUUGUUUAGGAAAGUUUUUUAUUUCACAGAAUUUCAUUCUUUAUUCAAGGGGAAAUCUAUCCACUGAUGCCAAAAAUUAUUUUAACAACAUCAUGACAGAAGGACACUUUUCAGGCUCUAUCUUGUUAGCUCUGCCUUGUAAUAACUUAAUAGCAGGAUUUCCUAUGAGUAAAUAAGUUUAAACCAGGCUUCUGUUACAAAAUAAUAUGGUAAUCUGCAAGUGUCAGUGCUGCAUAUGGGAAUAAAAGAGAACAGAAAAAGAAACCUACAAAAGGAACAAGAAGAAAAAUAUUGAAGUUGAAGUACAUCCCAGAGGAGUAUCCAGAGCCAUCCACUAUAAAACAGUGUAUUUGAAGAGAGAACCCUGAAACUGGGCCUGCAUUCUGCAAGCAGUCCAGUGCACUUCAUCAAAUACACGUAUUUAAAGACUCAGGGAAAAACAGGGUAACAACCAGUAACAGAACAGGUAUAAACACUCAGAUUUCACUUAAUACACCACGAGUAGCAAAAUGGAUACAAUUAUCUAAGUAACUAAGCAAACUGCACUCUACAAAGAGAAAUACAGUGUAGCUUAGAAUCAUCUGGAGAAAGACAAUUGGUACCCACAAAACACAGACAAAACCCCACACAAAAAUCACAAAGGCUAAGAGAAAAAACAAAGACUCUAGAAGAAAAUAAAAAUUGGCUUUAAAUGGUUAAAACAUUUUUGGUCCUGUUUCUUGAAA